AGGGGAAAAGUGCACUUUGUCACGUUUAUUUCCGCUGUAAAUUGGGUCAGCUGCCAGUUGCGAUCCUUCCAAAAAGGGUAAUGCAUGGAGGAUGACAGUUGGAGAGCUAUGCCUUCGCAAAGUGUCAAUCUUUUUUUCAACCGACUCAUUACCGACGGAUGAUGUAGUAGUGCUGAAUAUUGAUGGCGCUGUUGGUUUAUUCUAGUCAUCUUCUACGAUUGGAUUAAGCAAAGACAAUGAGUUACAACGUUUGUCCAUGUUCAACAUGAGCAGCAUCAUCCUCCACCAGGGUAUCCGCUGGAGUAUUCUCCGCCUAAUGACUUUCCACCUCCACCGCCACGCCCGGGAUUCCCAGAUCCCUAUCCUCCUGGUCCAGGACCUUUUCCGCCUCCCCAUCAUCAUGAAAAUGGAUAUCAGGGUUACUUCUAUGAAGGCUACCAAUCGCCACUUUCAGCUGCCCCGCCUCCUCUUCGCCGAUACCACGAAUACGAUGGCUGCUCUUCCCUCCUUAAUGGCCUUUGUGCGGCACUUUGUGUGUGUGUGUAAUUGUGCUUCUGAAGCCAAACAUGAAACACCUGCAGCUUCUCUGUAUGAUUAGAUUCAGUUUCACUCCAAUUCCAUGAAUUUCUAUGUUAAGCUUUUUGUUGUUAAACGUUCAACCUCAAUAAUAUUCCAAGAAGUACAUUCAGUUAUUGCUUAA